UUCUUCAGAGGGUUAGGGUUACAGCAGACAAGACACCUCCAAGUUUUCGUCAUUUCAACGAUGAACCAUUACCGUUUGAGGGUCAUGGAUUCCAAAUCGUGGCCAACAACAGGCACUGUUCAGGUUCGGGCCUCCAGGAGACAGCUGAGUGAGUAGUGGGACAAAAUUCGAGCAAAAAUUGCAGUGUCUCCUACUUGUUAAUCCACAUGAUGAUGUAGCUUGUUGGUCAAUGAUUACUAAUGCUGGCACUUACUGUUGCUGAUUGUCACUCUGGCUCAGGAGAAACCCCAGGCCUCUCCAGACCCAGUGAUGGAGCUGUGUUUGGUGAGAUAAAGACCAGAAUCAAAAGUAAGUCUACCUCUGAUGAGAGUGAAGAGGGGCAAAUGAAGGGAAGAAGAAGGACCUGUACCUCUGCUGAGGACCACAUCGAGACCUUCAGACCUUCUUCUUCAACUGAGGAUGGUGGGACAUGCACACUCACCAUCAUCAGAAAGAGGAAGUCUAAGGAGACAGAGGGAACCAGGAAGAGGAGCAGAAAGACCCCCAGCCACCAGGCCACCACUGAGGCCUCCUCUAUUGACAAACCUGGAACCUCCUUGUCAGCAAACUCUGCCACCCAUGACAGCAGAGCUGCCUUUGAGGGUAAAUACGAGGAGGGGGAACUGCUGGUUGAAGGAGGCUUCGGAUCAGUCUUUGCUGGGAACCGCAAAGACGACAAUCUGCCUGUGGCCAUAAAACAUGUACUCCAGAUUAACAUUAAGCGCACAUCAAUGCUUCUGGAUGGGGAAACUAGCAUGAUCCCUUUGGAGGUGGCACUGCUGCUGAAAGUCAAACCAAUAGGAGCAGGGACCAGUGUAGCCGUAACCCUGCUGGACUGGUUUGACCUGGAUGAUGAACUGAUUCUCAUCCUAGAGAGACCAGUCCCCUGCUUGGACCUUAUAGAUUAUAUGAACUCUAGAGGGCCCACCUUGCAGGAGCAGGAGGCUAAAACCAUUGCAAAACAGCUGGUGGAUGGUCUAAUUGAGGUUCACUCUAGGGGUGUGUUCCACAGGGACAUCAAGCUGGACAACAUUCUUAUUCAAACCGGCCCUGAUGUCCCACGUGUCAGGCUUAUUGACUUUGGCUGUGGCGCAUUUUUGACAGAGCGGAUGUACACUACAAAACAAGGAACCUAUGUGUACACCACCCCUGAGUGGUUCCUGGAUGGGUGGUACUGGGCAGAACCGACUACAGUGUGGCAACUCGGUGUAGUGCUGUUUGCGAUACUGCAUGGAUAUCUUCCCUUCAGCAACAGCACUGAGAUCAUCUAUAGAAACCCUGACAUCAGUGACUGUCUUUCCUUCUACUGCCAAAGUUUUCUCCUGAGCUGUCUGAUUAAGAGCCCAGAGGCCCGAUCCACUCUUGAGACAUUGAGGCACCACCCCUGGCUGAUAUGAUCCAGACUGGACCUCUCAGGACCACAGAUCAUUCAGCUCCCCUCGUCUAAAAUCAAUGCUGUAGUUCCCAUGUAUGGCUCCCACUGCAUCCUCUUUGAAGCAGAAUAAGUGAGACAGAGAGGCCACAAUGUCUAUGUCGAUGCCUGCAGCUAGAUGAGUUGCCAGCUUUAACUCAGCUGCUGUCAUUGUGUCAGUCUUCAUGUUUGACACAGCUACUGCGUCUAACACCCAGCUGUCCGUGGAGAGCGGAUGCGUUCGAUUAUACAGGUGCUCCUUAUAUUGUAUCUGUAAAUAGCAGUUAGGCUCAGCAGGACACUCCCUCGCUCUCAACAUUUUGUGCAAUCUGCAGUGAUGUAGUGGUCAGAUUUGGAACUAUAGGUCUUGUCAUACAUUGGGGCCCAGAAAGACUGUCUUUACAAAAUAAUUACAAUAUCUAAGCAGCAGCCACAAAUAAAGAGAAAAAGCUUA